AUGCGACAGAGGCAAGCGGACGGCUUCGACUGGCAGCUGCCCUCUGAGGCACAGGCCUACGAGAGGCUGCCCUGGACAAGGAGCAGAUGGUUCAACAUCUCCGUGUCGUCGGCGAUCUUUCUGAACACGAUCUGGCUCGGUGUGGAGACAGAUUGGUACCAGCCUGCAGACUAUGAGGGUCAGACCGAUCCUUGGAAGAUCGUGAACUACUGCUUCGUAGGUUUCUUCUGCAUAGAGCUCCUGAUCCGUAUCUACUCAAGGACGUGGUGGCCAUUUAUCGUAGACAACUGGAACAAGUUCGACACUGUUCUGGUGCUGCUGUCUGUGUUCGACACCUUUAUUCUGGAUCAGAUUGGUGGGAGCACAGGCAGCUUUAGCUCGCUGCGAGUGCUGCGGGUACUGCGCGUGGCCCGCGUGCUGCGGCUGCUGCGGUUCUUCAAACCUUUGUGGCUGCUGGUGAUAGGCGCCUUCGAUGCCAUGCGGGCGCUCCUUUGGGCUUGGGUGCUCAUAUCGAUCUUGAUCUACAUCUUUGCCAUUCUUUUGACUCGCACAGUGGGCUUCGCCCACAAGGAGACUCCUGAGAUCGAGCAGUACUUUGGCAACCUCCUCCUUAGUUCCUUCACCUUGUUCCAGGUGAUGACCCUGGAGGGCUGGGGCUCCGUGGCGCGCCUGGCCAUGUCGGUGGAGCCCUGGGUCUGGAUCAUAUUUGUUAGCUUCCUGCUCAUCACCACCUUCUCCAUCAUGAACAUGAUUGUCUCGGUUAUCGUGGACAGCACGCUGGAGGCAGCCUUGGAUCAGAAGCUCCAGGCCAUGCGUGAUAAGGAGUACCAGACCACCAUGGCGGCGGUCAAGGUGGACGAGGUCUUCCGGCGGGCGGACGGCAAUGGCGAUGGGCACAUCACCAAGGAGGAAUUGAUGGAAGCUCUUCUCAAGCCAGAUGUGCGGCUCUAUCUGCGAGAAGUUGGCAUUGACAUCACCAAUGCCGAGUUUAUCUUCGAUGCGCCCCGCCCAGAUUCUGCAGACUCCAGGUCGGUAGCAGAUUGA